CUUCCAUCUUAACCCUACUUUGGACUCCAAUUAGCCGAAUUCAGCUGGUAUCUUUCUCCUUGUGAAAAUGAAUAAUAUUUUCACAUUGAGGUUCCUCCCGCAAGGCCCUCGCCAAUUUGUGCGGGAAUAUGCAUUCAAGUCGGAGUUGAAAAUUAAGUGGGUCCGCCCGGAGAAGAUAUCGUGCAUCCUUCCUGAGAAAAGUGGUGACCUGAGUCCAAUGCCCAAGAUAGAUGGGAAAACUCCGCUGCCUGGAUUUGUUAACUCGAAACAGUUGGAGACAGCCAGCGAAGAAACUAAAUCACUUUUCAGCCUGGAAAACAACAGCAGAGUGUGGACUACGCGGACCUACCAACAAAGUUUGAUUCGCGAGGUUCAGAGACAUAGUCUGGAUUUCGGAUCAAUGGAAGCUAAAUUGGCCAAAAUGACUGCAACCAUACGCGCCAUGCAGGAAGAGAUGAAAAUACACCCCCGGAACCUGCGACGGAAAGUUAUUCUCAAGGAGUUAAUCGAUAAACGUAAGAAAUUUCUGAAAUAUCUUCGUCGCUGGGAUUACAAACGAUUCGAGUGGAUUCUUGAGAAGUUGGAUCUAGUUUACAAAUCUCCUCCGGCGGAGUUCCAUUGGGUCACCCGCAAGGAAUCACUAAAAAAACUCGCCAUACUUCAUUGUGAAAAUUUGAAGCAACAACGAUUGGAUGCUUACCGGAGAAUAUUGGAAAGCCAACAGGUUGAAUUUCUCGAGAAGAAGCUGAAGAAUUUGGAAUUCAUUCGGAAAGAGCAACAAGAGUGUCAAGUCGCCGUGACUGUGUCGGAAGAGGAAAUCAAAGCGGUGCGGAAGCAAUUACAAGAAUUGAAGGCGAGUCGAGAGAAGCAAGAGGAAGUGGCCGACAGAUAAAGUAUAGUGACUCGGUUGUAGGUUAAAAGGAAGUAAAGAAUAAAAAUUGUGUAAAUAUUA